AUGUCGUCGCCAAAGCAGAGCACCGAGAAAGAGCCCCUCUUCAUCGACCCAUCCCACGACCCCACAUUUCAGUCGCUCAGCCGCCUCCUCUCAGCACCGGCAUCCAGCACACAGCACCUCUCAUUGCUCUCCACAAACACCCUCUUCGGCUCCAUCACCUACUACCUCUCCAAGCUCGAGCUAGAGCACGUCGGCCAUUUUAUCGGCGUCCUCACCGCUUCAGGCUGCCUCUGGACACCGCCCCCUCCUGCGCACCAGCCCCUCCAGCCCCAGCCCUCGCCCGCAGACGACAAGACCCAGCAAAAGGUAGCAUGGUCGACAGAGAGCCGGAACACAACCACUGCAACGGCCACUCCGCCCAAGGACGGCGCUACCAGCCCCGCCGCCGACAAGUCUACCAACACCCCUCCCGUCCAGAGCAGCACGGAGGCGCCCCAGAGUCUCUCGGCCUUCCUCAUCUCCCGCUCCACCGCCAUCUUGCAUGCCGUCGCAUCCGCCUUUGACCGCCGCGUCGCCCUGCUCAUACAGUCCACGCGCGGCUCCGUCACCUGGAAGACCCGCCGCGGCCUAAAGCUCUGGAUCGAGAGCAUCGUCGUGGGGAUGUCCGAGGUCGAGGCCAGUGCGCAGCCCGAGUCAUUCAGGACGUCUCGCGGCCUACCCAUUCCUCGCCUCGCUGUCCUCACAGGCCUUCUCCAGGGCCUCUAUCUGCUCCGCGAUCAGCGCAGACGCAGGCGCAACAUGUCGAUCCUGGAAGAGAUGGCUGCGAUCCGUGCCAACCCUUCUCUCGAGCUCGGCGCACGGCCCUUCCGCUCCUUUGUCGAGGACGAGUGGAUCGUCUCGUUUGCAGAGAUCCUCGAUGCGCUCAGCGACGAUCCCUUGCGCGAGGAUGUCGCCGACGCCUCCACUGGUGCCGGCGGACAAGGCGAAGGCGAAGAGGCCGACGACUGGGAACGAGAGUUCCAGAAGCGCACUGCGCAGCUCGCCGGCUCGGCACAGAUCACUGCUCUUUCAUCGCGCUCGGCCAAGCUGCAGGCACUUCGCGAGAUCCAGGACGUCCCGCUCUUCCUGGCGUCGCAACUUGCGCCUCUGAUGCCCGACAAGAAGCUCCACGCCCUCAACACGGAGCAGCUGGCCAGGGUCACUUCCGAGGCGAUACUUUCGCUCUUCGAGGGCGGUCCAGCAAAGACGUGCCUUCUCAGCCAUCUCUCGGACGACGUCGGCGUCGAAGAGGUUGGAGGCGAAGUGAUCCUCAAUGGAGGUGGCACCACCGUCCAUCUCGCACAGAGCCUUUCGCGAUCGACCCUGCAUUCGUCACUAGGCCCCCUGUCCAAGCUGCUGUCCAAGGCGCUAGCACGGGAAUCAACAGCCAAGGAUCCCGACAGCCUAGGUAUGCUGCUCAUGGGAAGCUGCGAAGCCAGGGAGGAUGCUGCGACUUCCCUCACCGCCGAACCAAUCCUACAGCGCAUGGACCGGCUUGCAAAGGACCUCGAGAGGAACUGGCUCUCUAGCCCGCUCGCAGGCGUGCCGGAGUCGGGUAUCGCCGAAGCAUCCCGGGCGCACACGGCGCAGCUCUGGACCAUCUUCAAGACGCUGCUGUUCUCCUACACGAUGGCCUUCGACUCCCUCAUGGACGCGAUCCUGCAAAUGUGCCCCUCGCCCACCGUCACCUUCCCGCCUGCCGCUGAGCGCGAGGGCGGGGCGAACGCGGCGGCUAGCCGGUGGCCGCCGGCCAGCACCUCGAACCUGCCCCAGCCCUAUAUCCGGAUCGUCCAGUCCAUCCUCGAGACCUUCUCGCACCUCUACUGGAUCACGUCGACCUUUGGAUCGCAGGGAUUCGACGUCUACCGCAAGGUCUUCUUCUCGGCCCUCGAUGUGCUCGGCCGCGACGGCGAAGGCUGCAUAGCCUUGCUGGAGCGGAUCCGGCCGGACGCCUCGCCCUCGCUGCAGAUCGAGACCAACGCGGCCCGCCGCUCCCUGUCGACCUACUUUCUCGACGUCUCGGAGCAGCUGCUGCCGGCGCUUCCGGACGAGGUCAUCGAGCAGCUGCUCCUGCCCACCUGCCGCCCUUACCUCGAGGACACACAGUUCAAGGAGACGUUCGAGUCGGCGCACUCGGUGGCGCUGGCAGUCUACACGCACCGCCGGCGAUGCAUGUUCGACCUUGCGCCGUUCUACAUCGACCUGCUGCUGAGCAGCUACCCAGACCGGCUGGACGACGUGCAGCUCGAGUUUGCCGUCACCACCGUGGUCGGUGCGCUCGCGGAUCGGAGCGAUUCGGUCUGCUGGUGGGUCGUUGAGCGUGUGGCACAGGCGAUCGACGAGGAGCGAAAGAGGGAGCACCAAAGCGGCAAGACGACUUCGAUUGUCGACGCGACCGCUACGGAUCCGGCGACCGAGCCUACACCGACAGAGCUGCAGGAAUCUGCCGCCGCUUCGGCCUCGGCCUCGUCGCCGUCGUCGGCAUCGACCGAAUCAAGGACAGGCGACGAGACGGCAAAGGUAGCAACGGCGUACCCGCGCCUCGUCACGCUGCAGCUCGUACUCAUCGCAUGCGUGCCCUGCGUCAACCUGGUGCUGCUCCGAUCGAUCCUGGCCAAGGCGGAGACGUACAUCCUCGAGCACAAGCGACAGGAAGACGACGAGGAGCGAGCCUCGGUCGGGUACAGGAAAGCGCUGUGCGAAAAGACGUUUGACGCGCUCCAGGCGCUCAAUGCGGCGACGAGGGAGGAAGGCGUCAGGUGGUGGCUGGAUAAGAGGGCGGCCUUUGGCGUGUAG